ACAAAAAAAAUUUUAAACAAUGCUAUUACAAUGCAUCAGCUGGCAAUAAUAAGCAAAGUGCAAAGUGAAAUAUCUUUUCAACUUUUAUAAGAAACUAAAUAAAUUUAAUAUGCUUUAAUAUUUUACAUAUUUAUAAUUGAUACUUUAAACUUGAUGUCCAAAAAAAAGAUAAAACGCAAACACAAAUAUGUCUCUUCAACUGGGUAGAGUUGUAUCAGAGAUUUUACAUCGAUAUUUUGGUGAAAUAGUUCAGAAAGUUGGAAAUGACUUGUUUUCCUUUGGAGCUAGACCGGUUCAUAUGAUCAUAAAGUCCACAGGUCUUCCACGAAAUCAAGUGGUGGAGAGUCUUCGCACAUUAAUAAAGUUUAAUUUAGCCACAUUUGAGCCUUCCAGUAAUGAGGUUAUCGCUGACUAUAAACUAGUGUCGGAAAAUGUACUGUUACUCAUUAGAUAUCCAAGGUAUUUACUGCAAAUUAAAACGAAGUACGGCAGUGAAGCAGAGCUUCUAAUAGAGGAGCUCCUCCAACAGGCAAAGUGUACCGCAACUAUGUUACUAGUCACCAUUGCUAAUAAAUAUAAGAAUGAUCAGGAAAAAAAUAUAACAAUAGUGAAAUUAAAGGAUACCUUCAUCAGUUUAGCGACAGCAGCCUACAUCCAGCAGUCUCCAGUAGAAGAGGCAAGGGAGGGCAGUAAUGAAGUGCCAACGUUAGUGCCCGUAGCUACCAUAGUACCCGAGCUAGAUAUUAGGAGUCUCAUUCAGGCAAUGGCCAACCCUUCAGAAAUUACUGAUAAAAUUUAUUGGGAAGUCAAUUACGAUAGGUUUCAUCAGGACUUUAGGGACGAAAUAAUGAUCAAAGCAAUCACUCGGCGGAUAGAUGAACAUGCCGGCGAGUUGAUGCGGCUGAUGCUGCAGCAGAUGUACCUGAGCUCAGCCGCGUGGGCGGCCGUGUCCAACCCGGCGCCGGCGCUCGAGCUCCGCGACCACUGCCGCGACCAGCUGCUGCGGCAUCGGGACCACUACCUCAAGGUGCUAGAGGAAAACGGUGCGGGAUUCGUGCGGCGCGGACACGACGCGGGCGGAGGCACGUUCACAGUGCGGCUGCAGCACGCGGCCGCGCAGCUGCUCGCGUGCGCGCUCGCGCGCAUCGUCACCGAGCGCCUGGGCUCCAACGCUGCCAGGAUAUUCAGAUUAAUCCUAUCAAAGAAGUACAUAGAAGAGGAUGACAUUCAGAAGCAUGCGAUGUUGCCCAACAAGGAGUGCAAACAGCUCACGUACAAACUGCUCGAGUCACACUUCAUCAGCGUGCAGCCUAUGAGGAAAGCUGCCACUUCGGGAGGACUCGCUAAAACCAUAUACUUGUAUCACGUGAAGUUGCAUGAGGCGGCGCACACAGCGCGCGAGAUGUGUUACCGCGCGCUGCACAACGCAGUGCGCGUGUCGGAGCGCGCGCGCGCGGCGCACGCGCGGCUGCUGGACAAGCGGCGCCGCGUGCGCAGCAUCGCGCUCGGCAUGCGGCUCCGCGGCGAGCCGCAACAGAACAUCACUGACGUAGAAGAGACUCUGACGCCCCCUGAGUUAGCAGUGCUGGCCGGAGUGGAAAAACGGAUUAAGCAACUCAGCACCGCUGAAUUAGAACUGGACAAAGUGCUGUUCGUGCUCAACUGGUACUUCAUGUAUCCGCACUGACUGUUUAUUGUAAUGUCCGAUCAAAUAUUCGGCUUUCAGCAUUCAAGUUUAGUUACGGUCUUCGAUUUUGUUUCGGUCAAUAAUCCUGCCGAAAAUUACAAUCAAUCAACUAUAUAGAGCACUUUCAUUGUAAAUUUUAUUCUUCCUUAGCAUUUGAGGUUAUCAUUUCCAGGUCCAUUUGAAUGACCGAAACAAAACCAUUCAUUGAAUGAAUGUUAAUUUUGUACUUUAAGCUUUAUCUAAGUUAAAUAAAACACUUUAUUUAUAUA